UGGCGUUGGUGUGCUGGCGCGCUUCACGUUUCAGCGGCGCGCUUCAUACCCAAAAGCGCAUGAGCCGAAUUGAGAAGAAACUUAAUUGAAAUGAGAGAAAGUUAAAAAAAAUAAAAAGAAAACAAGCAAAAAAAAACUUCCCCCUUUUAACUUUAUGACUUUAUUGUUUUGAAACUUUUUCGAGGAUUCAUUUUUUUUGUAUGUUGGAUUACCGACUCCGUGGUUUCUCUCUGUGGCGCGCGCGGAGGUGGACGAUGAGUGAUCGCAUGCUGCGGGUGCUGGAGACGCAGUGCCUCUGUAAAGAGGUGACAUGCUGAUGGUGGCAGAGUGAUGAUCUGACUCACAGGCUGAGGGAUGUUCCUGCGGCUGCUCCUGAUCCUGUUAACAUUCUCGUCACACACACAGGUCUGUUUGGCUCUGAAGGAGCUACGAGAGCAAUGGGCCAUCUACAGGAAUGAAUGCAUUCAGAGCUUCAGCAGCAGCCCACCUGCUAGAGGUUUUGUGUGUAACAGGACUUUUGAUCACUACACAUGUUGGCCUGAUGGCUUGCCUGGCUCCAUCGUUAACGUUUCCUGUCCGUGGUAUCUGCCGUGGUAUCGCAAAGUUAAGCAGGGUAAAGUGUAUCGAGUGUGUGGUGCAGACGGUAGAUGGGCCAACGGGAAAAACACCACAGAGUGUGACGAGAAUGACGUGCGACUGGAAGAGUAUUGGCGGAUUGUAAGUAAAUUCAGGGUCAUGUAUACAGUUGGUUAUUCACUCUCUCUGGCAGCUUUGGUCCUUGCUCUUGGAAUCCUUGCAGCCUUCAGGAAGUUACACUGUAUGAGGAACAACAUUCACAUGAAUUUGUUCGGCUCAUUCAUCCUGCGUGCCGUGUCAAUCUUGGUGAAAGACGCACUGCUGGAUCUGAUCAACACACAGACAGGACAAUACCACAACCAGGACCAGAGCAUGUUUGACAUCAAGAUAACUGCAGGAUGUCGGGUUGCCAUGGUGAUGAUGCAGUACAGUGUGAUAGCGAAUAAUUACUGGUUGUUGGUGGAGGGUUUGUACCUGCACAGCCUCUUGGUCAUAACCGUCUUCUCAGAGAGAAACUACUUCUACGUGUACCUGUGCAUCGGCUGGGGUGCGCCGGUGAUAUUCGUGUUGCCGUGGGCGACAUUGAAGUAUCUGUAUGAAAAUGAUCUAUGCUGGGAGAAGAAUGUAAACAUGGGCUACUGGUGGAUCAUCCGCUCGCCCAUCUUGUUUGCCUAUCUGAUUAAUUUCUUUAUAUUUAUUAGAAUUAUAAAGAUCCUGAUGUCCAAACUUAAAGCUCAUCAGAUGAGGUACACGGACUAUAAGUUCAGAUUGGCUAAAUCCACACUUACGCUGAUUCCACUGUUGGGGAUUCACGCCAUCCUCUUCACCUUCGUCAUCGAUGAGUCCGUGGACAGAGAAUCUCUCUUGCGGCUCAUUCGCCUCUUCUAUGACCUUUUCUUCAGCUCUUUCCAGGUCAGAGGUCAAAAGGGUUUGCUGGUGGCCAUUUUGUACUGCUUUGUUAACAAAGAGGUACAGAAUGAGAUGUUGAAGCGAUGGAAGCGUUGGAAGCUUGGGAAAGACAUUGAGGAGGAAUAUCGCAACACGCACAGCCAAACGGCUCAUGGGAAGGGUGCUAGUGUCAACAUGCCUUUACCGCCGGAACGUUCAGACACCCCUGACUCUGCAGCUUCAGCCCCGCCCACAGAGGAGAGCCGCCAUCUUGUGAUUAUCUGCCGGAACGGUGCAAGCCUGGCGCAAGGGAUCAGCAGGGCAGGGCUUCAGGAGGGCACUAGUAACUGCAGCUCUCUGACCGAGGACAUCUGCUUAGAGGAGCGAAUUCACAACACAAACCAUCCAAUAGGGACAGAGGAAUGUGAUGUGUAAAAAAAAAUUUACCUCUUGAGGUUUUUGAUGGUAAUCUGUUUUAAAAAGGGGAUAUGAACAGCUUCUGGUGAUCGAAAAAUGGUGCACACCAGGAACAUCAUUCCUGUUUUGCAAAGGGAGGGGUGGGGUUUCUGCUGGACAUACAGUGUGUUUUUUGACCCUCACUAGCCAUCAUACUGCAGUAAAUAAUGCCAGGGUGCGAAUAUUUCGCUGUAUUCCAAAUUGUGGCUUUAUGUAAAUAAAAAAGAGAACAUGACAUCUUUAAGCUAUUGCAGGUAGAUCAGUAGCUAGCUAGUCAGUUCAUAUGGUUCUGACUUAGCACGCAAAGCCACAAAGCUUCGACUUUAUUUCACGAUGAGGCAUUCACGUUGACGAUAUUUCUGAAUGUUAAAACACAAAUGUUCACGGUGCAUUAUGGAAAAUUUCAUGACCACUUGCUCAGUAGGACAAUUUAAAAAUUACAACUUAAUGUGGCUCCUAGCAAAUGAACAGAUGUUCAAGCUGGUAUUCGACUCCCUGUAUCAACUGUUGAUGAAUCGGGUUUCGUUUUCGCCCCGAGCAAGCAGCCAGCAGAGCUGAAAAUCUCAUCACAGGAUUAAAUUUUAAAAUUGACCUAACAUACAAUUGUGUAUUUAUGACCUUACAAGGACCCAAAAUGACCCAAACCUUCCACAUGGAUGAAAAUGGCAAUAGUUUAUCCAUGUUUCAAUGCAUUUCCUUCAUGGUGUCCUGUGUUAUUGUGUCAAAAUAUUUCUGGUACCAUUGAGGUUGAUAUAUAAAAAACGUAACUCGACACACACACACACACACUGCAUCAUUACAGUUCAGAAAUUCUACACAAAGGGGGAAAUAAGCCCUUUCCGUAUCAGAGUUUAAUGUCCAUUGGGUUUUGUUGGCCAAAUAAAAGCAUCCAUGAUGAUUGUGUGUUUCAGGAGAAAAGCUGCUGCCCUUCUUUAGAAAAUUGUAAACAAGUCCUGAUCACAAACCUAACCAGUGUUUCCAUCAUGCCUUCUGAUAUAUAUUUUUUUUUUUUGGUCCCCAUAAGGUAGGGGUAUCUGCAAAGUCCUCAUAAGUGAUGCACACCAGACUUCAGCAUUAAACCUAGUUAACUACAGUAAUCCAAUUUAUUAAAUAUACCCAUAAAAAAAUUGUUGUUUGGGUGAAACAAAUCUGAGUUCAUCAGAAUUAAUCUAGUAAUAAUAUAUAAUAUAUAUAAUAAAAUGAGUAAAUGAGGACAAUAAAUUGAUUAAACAUUGAAAAUAAAAUUUCUGUAAGUAGCAACUGUGAAAGGUUCCCUGUGAAAAUACUGACAUAACUUUAUAUACUGGCAGCUUGGUGUUGAGAGUACUACAGCUGAAGAGACAGGGGUGAAAACGGCUAUUUUUAAGGGUGGCAGCUACUCGUUUGUGUCAUUCCUGUGGCCACACCCACAGCAAAAAAACAUUCCUGAUAUUAUAACAUUGUGAGGUAAAAACUAAUCCUAAUCAUAAUUCAAUAAGAGGAACCAAGAACUAUGUCCUCACACCAUUUUCAGGUCUUCAUAAUGCUGUGAAAGGGAUGAAGUCUCCAUUAGGUAAUGAAUGACAACACUCGCUCUCUCUCUCUCUCUCUCUCUCCUCUUUCUCUCUCCCAUUCAGGUCAUAAAUUAAACAGGAUGGGAAACACAUUUCUCCUCAAUGUCCUGUGUGUAUUUUCUUUUUAUACUUCAAUCUCUGGUGGCUUUUUGGGUCUAAAAUUCCUGAAUGCUCGGACGUACACACUUGUGAUACUUUUGGUGGAUUUUGUUGGAGGUUGCACACCUUUUAAACCCGGUGCUCGCUGUGUCACUGUUGAUAAAGUAUUUAUUACAAUGCCGCUGAUGAUAUUGUGUGUGUCUCCAGUGUGUCUGCUUUCUUUUGUGUGUCCAAUAGUGCUUUAUUGAGGAGGGCAUGUCAUUUAAGCUGUGACAAAAAGAUAUAACGUGAUAAAGUUAUUUAUACGUAUGUCACUUUUUUGUUUGUAAAUGAAAGAAAAAAGAGAGAAAAUAUUAUAAUAAAAAGACGUGACCUAGUCAA